GGCCAACCAGGACAACAUGGGCCUCGGGACUCGGAACCCAGUCCCAGCUGUGCAGUGGCCCCUCAGCACCAUGGGACCAGGGGCAAGGAGGCUGAAGGGCAUGAGUGGCCCGGGGCCCAUGCGCUGUAUCCAGGCCCAGUGCUUCGACCAGCUGAUCCGCCAUUGCGUGGCCUGCAACCUCCUCCGCACACCAGAGCCCAGAGCUGCAGGGGCGAGCAGCCAGGUGCCUGGGACAGCACUGCAGCCGCAGGAGUCGGUGGGCGUGGUGGCCUCCGAGGUCGGGCUGCCCCUGCCAGGGCUGCUCUUUGGGGCCCCUGUGGUGCUGGGCCUGGCCCUGGCCCUGGCCCUGGUCCUGAUGGCCCUGGUGAGCUGGAGGUGGCAGCAGCGCAGGACCCUGGAAGCUCCAGAAGGAAGCCAGGAAGAGCACCUGGACAAUGUCUAUGUCCCCUCGCCGGGAACCCCUGAUGCCUCAGCUCCCGAACCCAGAGAACACCUGGCCACCACCUCACCCAGCCACAGUGUCCCUGUACCUGCCACAGAGCUGGGUUCCACUGAGCUGGUGACCACCAAGACGGCUGGCCCGGAGCAGCAAUAGCCACAGAGGGGACAGGAGGGGACCUCGUCCUACUUCCAGACCUUUGACCUGGGGCUUGGAAACGAUUCAGAGCCUCACCCCCAGGCCCAACAGCCCUUUGCCUGGGAACUGGGCUGCUUCUAGGCACAGACACCAUGGGCCUCAGUGUGCAGCUGCUGUGAGUGGUCGCCUCUGGCUUCUGGCUUAGGACCACAGGCCUCUGACAGGCCUUGAAGAUCACAUCUGAGCUCCUGAGCUGUCGGGCGGCUGGAUGUGCUCUGGUUUGGAUGCGGUCGAGUGUGCACCCCAAGGCUUCACGCGUCUGGGUUUUGCCCCCAUUGCAAGGUAUUAAAAGGGUGAAAACUUGAUCUGACUUCAGUGUUCAGAGGGGCACCUCCGGAAGGUGACAAGGGUGAUGGCUGUGAGUGCACUCGGGUUGCUUUGCAAGAAGAAACCAGAACAGAUUGUGCCUCCAUGAGACUCAACCAACAAGGUCAGCGUUUCUGGAUGUGGACCCUUAAACUGCUUCAACUGUGAGCUAAAUAAAGAAAGCGUAGCCAGGGUUGUCAUCCCAACUACUUGGGAGGCUGAGGCAGGAGGAUCACAAGUUCUAGACCUACCUGU